AGAAAGAGGGGGAGGCAGGGAGGGAACGGAGGAGGAGAGAAAGAGCGAGGGACUCUCUCACUUCCAUCACACAUCGAGGGUUGAGGAAUGAGGAAAAUAUUGAAACCGUGACACUUCCUCCAUCACUGGACCCACCUCCUCCUCUCAAUCCCUCCUACUUUCACAACAGGUGACUUCAGGGAAUCACAGAGGCCCUGUUGUGCAGAGAAGGAGAGAGGACAGGAGACUGAAUAGAUCUGCUGCUUGUCAGAGCUGGACAGGGGACCAUCUACACUGGCUAUAGGCCUCAUUUGAAUCUACUGAAAGUGCCAACAACCAACCGAUCAGAGUUACUGUGCGUCCGACUGUAACCAUGGCCACAUCAGGCAUCAAGGUCUCAAUUUUGAGGAUUGUUCUUCUGGGACAGACAGGAGCAGGGAAGAGUUCAACAGGAAACACCAUCCUUGGGAUACCUGGGGCCUUCGAGAAUAAGAACUCUGUGACUACGAAGUGUGAGAAGCAGAGUGUGGAGGUGGCUGGGAGAACCAUUGAUGUCAUCGACACUCGAGGUAUUGGGGAUGAGUUAUUGUCAGAAUCAAAGGAAGUUAAAUCUGAGUUAGCUAGGUGUGUAGAGUUGUCAGUCCCAGGACCUCAUGCCUUCCUGCUGGUCAUCAGUCUGAAGGCCAGAAUCACUCAGGAGGAGAGAGACAGUGUGAGGUGGAUCCAGGAUAACUUUGGAGACGAGGCUGCAGGUUUCACUAUCCUGCUGUUCACUCAUGGGGACAAACUAGAGAAAGAAACAGGAGAUAGUGUUAUUCUAGAGAAUGAGUAUCUCAGAGACCUAGUUAACAGCUGUGGGGGCAGAUAUCAUGUCUUUGAUAACAAAGCCAGAGGUAACACCACUCAGGUCCUAGUGCUGCUGGAGAAGAUAGAGAGGAUGGUGGAGGAGAAUGAGGGGCAGCACUACACCAAUGACAUGUACCAGAGGGCUCAGGAGAAGAUCAUAAGGGAGAGGAACAAUAUUUUGAUUAAUGCAUCAAUAGUGACAGGAGGAGCUGCUUUAGGGGCAGGUGUAGUAGCAGCAGCAAAUGAGGGAGAGCACUACACCAACGACAAGGAGGCUCAGGAAGCAAUCAAUCGGAAGAGGACGUUGAGAAUAGUAGCAGGAUUAGCUGUAGCAGGAGUAACUGUAGCAGGAUUGGCUGUUGUAGGAGCUGUUACAGGAGGAGCAAGUGGGUGUGUAGCAGACAGUGUAACAGCAGCAGUAUUGGCUGAAAUAGGAGCUAUAGGAGGAGUAGCAGGGGUGGUGGUAGCAGGAGCAGUGGAACCAGGAGCUCAUUUAAAACGAGCUGUAGCAGGAGUAGCAGGAGGAGUUGUAGCAGGAGCUGUAGCAGGGGGUGCUUUAGCAGGAGCUUUAAGACGGUCUGGAGGUUUAGUACCAGUAGCUGUAAUAACUGCAACAGGGGUGGCUGUAGGAAGUGUGGCAGUAGCUGUAGCAGUCGCACCAAGACUGCAAUUCAGAGAAGUAGCAGGAGGUGCUGUAGCAGGAGCUGUAGCAGGAGUUGUAGCAGGAGUUGUAGCAGGAGUAUCAGUACUGGAUUUAGCAGGAGGUGCAACAGGAGGAGCUGGAGGAGCUGUAGCAAAAGUAGCAGGAGUUGUAGGAGUAGUAGGAGUAGUAUCAGAACUGCUUUUACCAAGAGCUGUAGCAGGAGCAGCUGUAGCAGGAGCUGUAGCAGGAGUAACAGGCGUGGCUGUAAUAUUAACACUAUUUCAAGGAUGGGGCUUGGGACUAGCAGGAGUAGCAGGACUGUCUGCACCAGCAGUGGGAGGAGCCAUCGUAGGCUCAGGAGGAGCAGCUACAGCUGUUCUUUAUGUGGAGAGGAAACGGGCUGAGAGAUCAACAACCUCUAUAGAUGACUAAUGUUAAACUAAAAGAUGAAUAACCAAACCCCCCCAACUUUGGUUUGUUCUUAAUUGUAAACCUGUUUUAAGAUAAAUUAUCUCUCCUGUUACUCUCAUCGUUUUGGACUUUUAGACUUCAUUUAACAUCUGUUGUAAUCGUGAAUUCUAAUGUCAGUCAUGCAUAUAGGAAUCUUUACCUGAAAGCUUCGGGGCUCAAGCUCAUUAUUUUCAGAUAUACUGUACACUUUUUAUACUGGUGUACCGGUACCUUAUUGUACAUUUCCCCUUUUUAUAUUUCAGUUAUUCUUCUUUCUUACUAUGUUAUUUUUUUGUUACGCACCAACCUACCAAAGCAAAUGUAUUAUUUGUGGAAACUAACUUGGCAAUAAACCAGACUCUC